AUGGCAACGACCACGUCUGACAUCAUGUGCCACAGCUGCUACGAGCCGGGGCACAUCAGGAGGAACUGCCCUAAGAUCAAGAACAGGGCGAAGCAGAAAACGAGGCCCGCGGGAGCUACCAAGUGGUGCUCCAAGCACUACACUACGUCUCACUCGGACGAGGAAUGCUACCUACGAGGAGGAAAGCGCCCGAAAGACACCAAGGACUCAAGUAAAGCAUUCACCGCGUGCUCCGGCUGCACUCACUGCUCGUCGGCGUCCAACGAAAACGACUCGAACAAUGAAGUGGCAGUUGUCGACUUCACCCGGGACGAGGACGCGAUCGACAGCGGGUUUAUGUUCGGCACGUGUUCCCGCAACUAAGGACGCAACUUCGCCGCGAGCUCCACCGGGGUAGGACUGCUGGUAGAGACGGGAGCAUCAGAGACCAUGUUUGACAAUCGCCUCGUCCCCGACGGAAACCUUCACGAUUACACCCAGCGAAACUCUCCAAAGAUCGUCGACAUGACCGGAGAAAGCCAACUCACAGGCACGGCCACGGGCAUCCUACACUGCACCGUCAAGGACAAUCGAGAACAGCUAUUGCGCGUGCGGAUUCAAGGACUCGUCGUUCCGGGGCUUGGUCGCAACAUUUUUUCGCCCACCUCUCUCCUGAAAAAGGGAUUGCGCUGCGUCGUCGAAGAGAGCACUCCGUACCUCACUAUUUCAGGCGAGGUGAUUCCACUCACUCACACAAGAUCCGCGAGACCAAGGCAUGUGCACCCUCGACAUCACGUUCGAGCAGAACGUCCAGCCAUCUGGCACGAAAUCCCUCGUGCCCCACCAGAAGCAGUCACAGACCCACACGGC